AACCGUUUGAGGCUUUCUCUCUUACCAUCUCUAUCCUGAAGCCAUGUCCAUCCAAUCGAAACACUUCUUAAAUAACCCGGAGACGCUAGUCGUCGACUCCCUCCAGGGCCUAUGCACCCUUAAUCCUCAGCUCGCACUCGAUGAGGAGAACAAAGUUGUGUACCUCGCAUCCCAGGAUCGCUCGAAAGUCGCGCUGAUCUGCGGAGGCGGAUCCGGCCACGAGCCUGCCCAUGCGGGAUUUGUAGGGGACGGGAUCCUCGCUGCUGCCGUAUGCGGCAGUAUCUUCGCCUCUCCUAAUGCAAGCCAAGUUCGGCGGGGAAUUGACCUCGCAGAAAACGAGAAGGGAACGGUGAUCAUCGUGAAGAAUUACACCGGAGAUAUCCUUAAUUUCGGCCUCGCAAAGGAGCAGUAUGCUGCUCAGCACCCCGACAAGGCCGAUCGCGUGAAGUUCGUAAUUGUAGGCGAAGACGUCGCCGUCGGCAAGACACAGGGGAAGAUCGUCGGCCGUCGAGGCCUCGCUGGCACCGUGCUUGUAUACAAGAUUGCGGGCGCUCUAGCGAAGCGUGGCGCGAGCCUCGAUGAAGUGUACUCGGUCGCCCAAUGGGUUGCUUCCAACGUUGGAACUAUUGGUGUGGGCUUGGAACAUUGCCACGUUCCCGGAACUGCCUCGGGGGAGUCUCAUCUCGGCCCCUCUGAGAUUGAGAUCGGCAUGGGCAUCCACAACGAGCCUGGCCACCGCCGGUUGUCCCCUGUGCCCCCUCUCAAGGAGCUCCUUCCUCAACUCAUAGAGUUCUUGACUGUGACAACCGACGCCGAUCGCUCCUUCCUUCCAUUUAGGAAUGACGGGAGCGACCGGGUGGUGCUCCUGGUCAACAACCUCGGUGGGGUCAGUGAGCUCGAGCUCACCGGCGUCGUCGCCGAGGCUCGGCGCGCGCUCGAAGCAAAAGGCGUCAAAAUCGAACGAGUACUGGCUGGGACGUUCAUGACGAGCUUAAACAUGCCCGGCUUCUCGAUCACGACGCUUCUCCUUCCCCACGAAACCGGCCCAUCCGACGUCCCCCAUCUCGAUUCACUCAUCCUCUCGCUGCUCGACGAGCCCGCCAACGCUCCCGGGUGGAAGUGGAGCUCCGGUACCGUCCCUCCGGCCGCCGACCAGAUCGCCUCUGGGGCGAAGCGUCAGACAAGCGCCGUCGCGCAGGAAGACCUCGUCUCGCUGCGCGCCGAGGACACCCAGGCGUUCAACGCGGCCGUCGAGCGCGCAUGCAACGCGCUCAUUGCCGCCGAGCCCGAAAUCACACGCAUGGACAACAUCGCGGGAGACGGCGACUGCGGGCUGACGCUCAAGGCGGGCGCGUCUGCUGUGCUCAAAGGCUUGCAGGCGGGCCGGAUCUCGGGCGACGACGUCGUGAGAUCCGUGAUCGCCAUCGCGCAAGUCGCGGAGGAGGAGAUGGGCGGCACGAGCGGCGCCCUGUACUCCAUCUUCUUCUCGGCUCUCGCACAGGGCCUGCAGGCGCACCAUGCCGGGGCGCAGACGCUGUCGCCCGCGCUCUGGUCCUCCGCGCUCACCUCCGCGCUCGCGAAGCUGUACACCUACACCCGUGCGCGCCCGCCGUCACGCACGCUCGUCGACCCGCUCGCGACGUUCAUCGAGGCGCUCGCGGCGGCGAAGGGCGUAGACUUCGCCGCCGCGUCCAAUGCUGCGGGCGAGGCAGCGCUGAAGACGCGCGACCUGGAGGCGAAGGCCGGGCGCAGCGCGUACGUGGAGGGCGACAGGCUCCGCGAGGAGCGCGUCGCCGACCCGGGCGCGUGGGGCGUGAAGGUCAUUCUGGAAGGCAUCCUCGGGCAGUGAGUGUAAAGUGCCGGGUGCCCUGUCGCACGUAAGCUGUAUCGCUAGAAUGUGGGAAGGCUGUUGUAUGAUUAUCCCGCGCGGCCGUUGUCCUGGUCCUGGUCCAUGUAGCAGCAGAUGGUGUAUUCAAUUCAUUCCGCUCGAGCUUCCAAUCUGACCGUCCGGGCUCGCC